AGAAAAGUUUGCGAUUCACGAGUACACCUCUUCGGUGAAGCACUUCUCAAUCCAUCAGGCGAAAGCAAAGAUAUUUAUUUAUAACUGACGUUCACACACCCGCACAAGCAAUAAUUGCGGCUCUAGAUGACGAGCUUUGCGGAGCACCCACCUGCUGCAGCAGAGGAUCCAGAACAGUCUUCUUCGCAAAUACAGCUUGUUGCGUAUGAGGAAGAGCCGCCGCGCUGCAAAUCGCAAGAAGAGAUUCUGGCGGAGCGGCUGCUUGCGCUGAAAAAGUUCCAGUACGCUAUUCCCGCUGAUCCCGAAGGCGAUGAAACGGGUGCUCAGAUGUAUCUCGCGGCCUGUGCGGCGGUGAAGACAAGUGGCAUGAAAGGGCCGACUCAAUCGAUUGCGAGAGAUCUUGCCAUGAACGGGGAGAUGCUGGACCUCUCCUAUGCCGGGCUUGGGGUGAAGGGAUGCGCCGCCCUUGCCGCUGCCCUGCGCGUCAACUCCGCUGUCCAAACUCUCGUCCUCGUUGGCAACUUCAUUACCCCGUCGGCUGCGCUGGAAGUGGUGACGGCCAUCAACGAGGUUCUCUCCGUGUACUCCCUCAACUUGUCGAAGAACCAGCUAGGUCGCGUAGAGGCGAUGCGGAAACGUACGGAUAAUUUGUCCAACGUCUCCGGUGGGACCGUGGUGGAUCGGGUCCUGGCUCCUGGCGGGGUGCUGCGCACCCUAUCGCUGCGCGAAAAUCAUUUAGGUGACACCGACGUGGCGACCUUCGCGGACACGCUCGCGGAGAACGUCACCUUGCAAGAGCUGGACCUCAGCUACAACUGCAUCGGGUACGCUGGAGCGUCGGAGCUGGCCAAGGUGCUCGCUCGCAACGGCGACCUCCGCUUGUUGAACUUAGAAUGGAAUCCCCUGCGUGCUGCAGGCGCGCAUCUUUUGUUGUCGGAGGGGCUGCUGCAGAAUAACACCAUCAAGCAGUGCAACCUGAGCUCGUGCGGCCUAGAUGACAAGUGUGGGCAGCUGGUGGCUCGUGUGGUGUCGGAGAACGCCAUUGAAGAGGUAAUCGUCGCAAACAACCGUAUCACUCACGUAGGGGCUGAGGCCAUCGCGCGCGCCCUACCGUCCACCUCUGCGCUCACAACUUUGGUGAUGGAUGGCAACCCUCUCGGGGACGAGGGCAGCGCGGCUCUGCUUGACGCGGCGUUGAGCGGCAGCGUCGCCACACUUCGCGUGUUGAGCUUGCAGCACUGUAGCUGCAACAAUCCAGAGACGCUGCGACGCGGGCAAACAGGAUCGACGUCUACACUGACCAUCCGCAUCUCGGAAAGUGUGUAG